UACAUUGGAUUUUAGAAGUUGUCAGAUUAUGCGAAUAAAUAUAUGUAUCUCGAUGAUCGAGAGGUUGAAUCUUUUUGUAAAUAUUUUUGUAAAUAUUCUUCAUACAUACACAAUAACGCUCGACACGCGAUGUGGAGUCUAAUCAACGAAAUAUUUAUUUUUAUACGUCAAUCGUGAGGUCUCGCCGUAGAUUGCGGCGAUUUUAUUCGGACAACAAUCAGCAUUGAUCUUUGGAUUCCUUUUUGAGUCAGAAUCUGGAAAAUAAAUUUUUUUUUAGUUAUUAUAUAAAUUCUGAUUGUGUUAGUUUGUAAGCACAUAAAUUCACAGGUGUAUGGACAACUCAAAAUCAAGGAAACACAAUGCCACCAUUAGUAGCUACACCUCGGAAAUUACCAAUCUUUGUGUUUCCACAAAAUAUUACAUUUUAUUUAGACGACCAGUCUACUCACAAGCAAGUGUUAACUUUGUACAAUCCAUAUGAUUUUCCUGUAAAAUUCAAAGUUUUAUGUACUGCACCAAACAAAUAUCAAGUGGUUGAUCCAGAAGGAAUAAUAAAAGCCAGCUCCUGUGUCGAUAUUGUUGUCAGACAUACAGCACUGCUGGCAAAUAACUGUAAUGUAAUUGAUAAAUUCAGAAUACACAUGCAAGAAUAUCCUACUAAGCAGAUAAUUGGUAAACGAGAUGUUGAAGCUAAACUUCUCCCUGGAACGUCAGAUACAGCUGGACGAUCAACACCAGAUCCAGAUAUGUUUCAACAACUUCCAAUAAAUGAAAACAGGCAGCAGCAAUCUUAUGCACUUAUAAGCCGAAAUAAAACAAUGGAGAGAGGUACAAAUUAUGUAGCACUCAUCACAGGAAUUAUAUGCAUAGUUGGACUACUUUUACCUACUGAAGGAGAGCAGAAUCAUAGGGUGCCUGAUUAUCUCCAUCUUUCUGUGAACUUUAAACUGAUAUUCUCAUUUGUAUUAGGUAUGGUUGCAAAUAUUGUUUUAGGGCUAUAAAAUCUUCAGCUUUUUUAUAUAAAAAUCUUUGUAUACAGGAUAAAAUCAUAGGAUAAAAAAAUUAAUGCAAGACUUUUUCAUAUUGGGCCUUCUUAUGGAAUACACCCAAUUCUAGUCUAUGAACUUCAACAUUAUAUCGACCAAGAUACCGAUAUUUCUUUGUCAUAAUAAUUAAUAUAUAAUUUUAUAUAAAAAUAUAAAUAUAAAUAUUAUCAUAAUGUAAUAAUUAUUUUCUAUUAUAUUAAAUAGUUCUAUUUUAAAGAGUCAUUUAGAUAGAACUGUUGCUCUACAUGAUGAGAUAGACGCGUAUUUUAGCUUGUGACUUUUGGGCCUACUUGAAAAACCAAUGCUUUGUUUAAAUUACGCGUUUAUGUAUAUGUAUAUACCGAAGAAAACUUUUAUAUCCCUUAUACAUAUAAUGUAAUAUAUAUAAUCUUGCUAACU